AUGCCGCCGCUACCAACAUUAUGGGAUCCCGCGGGGGCUGUGGACAAGUUGCCACAGCCCUUCCGCAUGAUAGACAAGGUUCUAGCUGACAUUGUCGAGCAAGUCGUCGACCUCAUCGGCAAGCGAGAGCAGCAGCGAAAGCUCGAGGAGGCAGCGAAAGUCAACCUGACGUUCGCCCCUCACGCGGUGCUGGAGGUGCCCCCGGAGACGUCGCUCUUCAAACCCCUGGGCAUAGCCGGCCUCGCCGCCCUGGCCCUACCCGACGGUGAGCUGCGGGUGGUGAGUGCGAGAGACGCCUCCAGCACCUGCUCGGACCGGACACACACCUCCCCCAUCACUGCCAUGGAAUCCGGUUUGGUGGUGGCCACCAGCGGCAGGCUGCUUGCUGCCGCCUCCCGUACAACCCUGUCCGUACACGAGGUGGACAUCAAGACGUCCGGACUGACACUGCUGGCGUCGGUGACUCUUCCCUCCGAUCCGGAUGACCACUCCUCGCCGGUACGACUGCACUGGUCGGACACGUUGGGGCAUCUGGCUGUGUGUUACGACUCGGGGGCGUUGGCGCUGUACGGCGUGUCGUUGCCCGUACCUGACGUGGAUACGAACGGUCUAGGUGCGCUGAUGGCAAUGCAACUGCACAUGUUUGGGCCCACGCGGCUCACGGAGCUGCUGCGGGUGCCGCUGGCGGCUGUGAAGGCCUUGUGCCUGGACAGCCCCUCACUGGGUUCCAGUCAGCUGAUGUGGCAGCAACAGCACCGGCCGGACAAGGCCGCACACUCGGACCGCUACCACAAGACCGCCCGGGGGUUGUACAUCUGGUGGGAAGGCUCCAGUCGGCUGCUGCUGGUGGAUAUCGCCGCCGCCGCUGCGGCCGCCGCCGCCGCCGCUUCAUCAGCUUCCGCCGCCGCCGUACGACCCGCACCCGAGGCCGAGCCGUCUACCGCAUCGGGUACCUCCGCCGGCAAAGCGGCCCCCGGCAGUAAAGCAGUUAAUAAGGCCGCAGGGGGGGGCGGGGACUCUGCCGCCGCCGUCGCUGCUGCUGCAGCGGCGGCGGGCGCCAACCCCGUCGUUGCGUCCGCGCCGCCGCCAGGCGAGCCCUGCGGCCCGCCGCGAACACCGCAAGUCGCGCCGCUGGCGCGCGACUGGAUCUUGCCGUACAACAUCACGGCGGCGGCGGCGACGUCGGACCGGAGGACGUUGGCUUGGGGCCUUGCGGACGGAUCCGUGUUGCUGCUGGACGACCGGGCGGGGUGCACCACCAAGGUCCUCCCCCGCCUGCGUGGCGCCAUUACCGCGCUGGCCUGGGUCAACGGCGUGGCGCACAAGCUCAUGUGUGCGUCCGCCGCGGGGGACAUCUUCAUCGCGGAUAUCAUCAAGCCCGAAGACAGCAGCCAGAAGCCGUACGAGUUCCCCCAACCCAUCCACGCCAUAUACUUCCUUCCCAACGAGCCCUUUGCGCUGUGUGUCUGUCGCGGCCACACCUCCUCAGAUGGGGAGCUGGCCGCGAACGGCAGCGCCAGUCGGAACAGCGUUGGCGGCGCUGCUGCCGCCGCCGCCGGCAGCGGCAGCGGUAGUGGUGGUAGCGACGGCGGCUGUGUGGGAAAUGCGCUGGCGGUGAAGGCGGUCCGUCCCCGGAUAAUGUGGUACAAUGUGUUGGAGGAGAAGCCGGUGGCGGAGCUGAUGGGGCCGCAGGCGGGACAGAGCUUCGGGCUGGCGUGCUGCGUGCCGCCGCCGCCGCCACCCCCGCCGCCGCGGCCGCCGUCGGCGCCGGAGGCGCCGACCAGCCCCUCCGCCGGCUCUGCAACGGGCGGCGGCGGUAGCAGGAAAGGCACGCCGGAGCCGCCGUCACCCCACGCCCGCCAGGCGAUGAUGGCCGCGCUGGCGGCGAUGGGCGCAAACGUUCAUUCGGGUCCCCAGCUGGUGCAGGUACCGCUGCCGGUGCCGGCGGGGCAGGUGGUGCCGUAUCCGGCGUUGGCGGUGACGGACACGUACCUGCUGGUGGGCGGCGACCUGGUGGACAAGGUUGUGUACUCCAACUUUGCGGACGCGGAUGCGGUGCCUCAGCGGAUCCUGUUGCUGUACAUGUACAAGGUGGAUGCGCUGCUGCGACACCUGCUGCCGGAGGACGAGACGCAUUCUAGGUUGGGUCGGGUGGUUCUUGACCGGCUGUUGGCAGAUUUGGAGGCGCCCAAGGUCAACAAGCGCAAGGGUAAGCGUGUUACCUUGGACGUGGAGGACACAGACACCCCCAAGCUGCCCUCCUCCAUGCGCAAACCCGACCCCUUCGACCCGGCGGCACCGCGACCCGCGGGUCGCGCCGCCAACCGCCACAUCACGUUUGGCGCCAUCCCCGACGAGUUAUUCGACGACGCUGGCAAGGUGCCCAAGGAGACCAAGAAGGUGUUCCCAAAGGAAACCAAGAAGGGCCUCAAGACGGGACCGGACGACCCGGCACUGGCAAACAAGGACAGAAGGGGUUCCGACGGCAAGCCCCGACUCGCCCCACUGGAUUUGGAAAAGGCCCGCGAGGCUCCGCCUGCUUUUCAGGAGCGCAGUCAGUCGCCCCCGUGGCACCACACCAACCCGCUGGCUCGCAUCCACCCCGACUGGGAGGAAGCCCCCGUGCUCAUUCGCAUCAUGGAACGAAUCGGCUCCAAGGGCGGUGGGCGCAAGCGGCGAGAGAAGCGGCUGGAUACGCUGACCGGGGAAAUGAUGGCCAAGUACGCCAAGGAGGCGGGGGCCAAACCCAAUCUGCUGGUCACGUGAAGUGUCACAAAGCGGCUCUCGCGGCGGUUGCUGGGCGGAGGACUAGCAGGUCACCACACGACGUCACACUCGACCAGGAUGGCAGAUUGGUGAAGUCGGGUGGAGAGUCGUUGAUAGCUCAUCUCGUAACCUGCAGGGUAUAGGUUGUGGUUCUGGAGCCGCCUAGGCCCACCAGGGUGAGGUGGGGCCCGGGGUUUGUAACGGGAUGGGGGCUCCUGUCCUGCCUUCCGGCCAGGGCCAGGUUCCCCAGAACGGACUUCCAUGUGCAGCGCUGUGAACAGGAAAGGUGCCGGACGUGCUCUAGGAGUAGCUGCUCUUGAGGGGUCCAUGGCCGCCUGGCUGAGUUAGAACCAUUAGAACCUCGUCAGAGCCGGGGUCGCAAUACCCCAAUGCCGUGAUAGCAGUGCCCCAAACUCCCCCCAUUGGGUAAAACGACCCUCUCGCGCACCUCUCGUCGAUUUCCUCGGCACUAGACCGCAUCGCAAUGGAAGGAAGCCAAGCUGUCUUCCAACAGUAACCCUUUGCAAAGGUUACAAGGCUGCAACCACCGCUUGGAAGCGGGGCCACAGAGCCUCGAACAAUCCUGUAAUUUGUUUCAAUCAAAAAGGAAAGUCUGUGCUUGUUUGCGGUGCUGUCUAAUAUUGGCUACGUCUCCUGCGAAGAUGACGGUUUUGAACAGAAACUCGCUCAAGGUGCUGCAAAAUAACAGUCGACCAUUAUGCCGCCUAACUUCUCCCCAACAGCUGAGGGUACAUGUUCAGGAACAUCUUUGUCGCUCUUGGUCGCAUUCUGCACCAGCUGUAGACACACCUUCUAAUCAGACGUACGAAAGGCAGGGCACCGACUCCUCGCUCCACUCCCCACACAUAACCUUACACCUCCUGUCCUUCGACCACGUACAUCCACAAAAUUUGCAGCAGGAGAGUAACGCACACGUCCCGGCAAUCGCCUCAAAUUUUGCAGGGCAGCAAAACCGCAAAGACGUAUCACCAGUGCCUCACUGAGACGGACGCGCCCGGGCGCACGGUGCGCGGAAACUUUUAACUGCUGGCUCGACCGAGUGUUUGUGUUUGCAUGUAUAGGUGUACGCCCCCAGCCACACCAACCCAGAUGUGAAGGUCUCCAGGUCAUGCGAGCUUCGCGCAACGACGCUGCACGCCACCGCAUCGGCGAGACUGCCGAAGCGAAACAAAACUUGAGAAGAUAAGCUACUGCUGGUGGUACUACUGCUACGCGGGACUGCGGGAAUCGAUGCUGCAGCUGUUUUUGACCGAACGCUCGUCGGUAUUUUGAAGUCCUGAACAGGCGCAGAAGUCGACAACCCCUUCCACGCUAACUACACAUGUCCGCGCGAAACGACACUCCCCCAGUGAUAGGAAACGUUGGCCACCAAAGAAUGGAUGAAGACGGUUCCCUGCCCAUUUGACUGCGUUGUUCGAUCGCGCGCUCCCCAUAACCCCACACCGCACCGCACACGCCGCCAUGAAAACAGCAAUGUUAGGUCUGUGCAGGCAGCGGCCGUAAAUUACAGACCCGCCAGGGGACCAAAGAUUCUGCUGAAUCCGAUGACCGCAACGUAAACGCAACCCCGAGUGGUGGUUAUUUGCCAGGCAUUUCAGCCGCAGCAGUCCAUAAUCGCUGUAAGAGCCGGUCCACAUGGCUACGACCACAUACCGCAUGAGAAGGCACACACAUACCUCUACCCUCGCCGACCCGCUGAUUUCAACAGCCGCCGACGUCCCGCGGUGCCCCCGGUCCCGGUCCCGGCCCCGCCGCUGCCUAGGCCUAGCGUUGCUCCGGCCCGCUGCCUGGCAACAACCGCCUGUAGAGCCGCAGCCACCGCCGACCGGGGCGACAGCUCCGCCACCACGUCCCGCAAGACCGCGUCGCCCUCCGCCUCCACCUGGGCGGCAGAGCUCUGCAACCGCUGGCACUCACCAAGCAUGCCGCGAAGCGGCGAGUGCAGCGGAUCAGGGUCGAACCCGUUGGCCACGGCUUCGUACACGCUGCUGCUGGUAGUGAUACCGCCGCCACCAGCUCGGCGGUGUUCGAAAGCAGGCACUUCUUCGGCUGGAUGUUCAGACGAGCACGUUCCAGAGCUUCCGCGAAGGCCUUGCUGUGGGGCGAGGCCGUGAGGUUGUUGAGGCUCAGGUCCCUAUUCAGUUCUAAAUGCGGCGGACCCGCCGGUUCGGGAACCUCCGCCGGGUGCAUCUGGACACGGUUCUGCAACCGCAAAGGCGCCGGCACCGACGGCGCCGGCAAGCCAUGUCCCACGGGGACCGCGGCAGCGGCGCCGGCUGUGGAUGUGCCGACGGGGGCUGUUCCUCCGUACGACCAGCUCGAACCCGCCACGAACGCAGCCGCCAAGUCGUUCCUGAUACCGUUGACCCCUCCGUCGGCUGGAUAUCCCCCCCAGGUACUACUGUACUGCUGCAGCCCGCGCGGGGAGCUGUGAUGGUCCUCGAGCAGUCGCUCCUGCGGCUGCGGCUGCUGCUGCCGCCGGGGCGAUGAGAGCCUCGGGCCGGUGCCGCGCGGGGAGCUCCGGGCCAGACCCGCCAACGUCGCCGCUAGGGCCAGGUUGCCUCGACGCUGCGCCAGCAGUGCGACCUCCUCCAGCGGGUCCAAGACCUGUCGCGGCAGCUGUGCCGACUGCACUGCUGGAGGGAGCAGUGCCCCAUCGGAUUGGUGUUGAUGUUGGUGUUGGUAUGGCCUCCGUUGCGUGGCAGCGAUCUCAUUCGCUGCAACAACUGCCGCCGCCGGAGAUCGUUCCGGCAGCGGUUCGUGUCCGGCAGCCUGUAGUCCCUGCAUGACGCCGCCGCUGCCGCCGCCGCUGUUGCCAAACCCUGGCGAGUCAUGCCCAUCUCGGCCUACUACCAGUUGAUUCGCGCUUCCGUCGGGGAUCCGCGCCUGCAGCCCCUGCCGCCUUUUCGGCGGGGAGGUGCUGCUUCCAGUAUGAUGUGCGCGCCGGGGUUAACUGUUCCCGCGGCGUGCGCGUCGGCGAGCCGCAAGUCGGGCAGAAGCCCGUCAUAUCCACCCCCACCUCAGCAGCCGCUGCUGACCCACUGGGAGCCGCCGUACUACGCGACCGAUCCGCCGCUUUCGUCUGUCCUGCGGCGACCGAGGGCGGAGGAGCCGCUUGCAGUGGCAGCAGCAAUGGCGGGGGCAGUGGCAGCGGUUGUGCACGCGUGGUCAAGCUGCUGCUGCUGCUGGAUGGGCUGUGCAGCGCUGGCUGCCGCAGGGCAUACCCGACGGCCCCGAGCACAGAGGUGUCGGUCUCGAAGCUCCGACUGCUCUGGCCAUCCUCCUCGUCGGUCCACACGCCCGGGCGUAUGAUUCGCCGCCUAUCUGGGUUCUGCUGCUGAUGUUGCAAUGGAGUCAUAAUGUGCGAAGAAGGAGCAGACAGCCGUGGGUUAGUCGUGGUCGGGCCGCUGCCGCCGCCGCUGCUGGUGCUACUGCCAGCCAUCUGCCGGCGAACAACCUCCUCAGCGCCAGACAGGAAGGUGGCCAGCAGGUUGGCGGCUGAGCCGCCGCCGCCGCCGCCGCCGCUACCACUUGGCUUUUGGGAUCCCCCAGUGCGACCGCGACUACAGCUGCUGGCCGCCAGCCCGACCGCAGCAGCAGCUACAGCCGCCGCGCGUGAGUGCCAUUCCGUUAGCGGUGUGGCCGACCCGCCCCCGUCAUCCCGGCUGACCAAGGCUCCGACCCUCGCCCCAGCGGCGGCGGCGGCGGCGGCGGCGGCGUAGGGCUGAUUGGAAGAUGCAAUGACAAUGGCUUUGCACUGAUCGCCGUUCCCAUCACUGGCGCCCGCCGCCGCUGCCGCCGCCGCCGUCGUCGGUGAACCAGUCGAGGGCUUCGCCGCAGUGGAGGCGCGUCUGCAAGCAUUCGCGGCCUCCAGGCGCUUAAGGGCCGCAUCCACCGCCUCCGCCCGCGUCGGGGCGGACGCCGUCCCGUUGAGGGGAAACCGCCCGCCGGCGCCGAAGGCAAAUGGCCCAUGGUCGCUGCAGAAGGACUCUUCAUUGAGCUCGGGGGAUUCCACCAUUUCCCGGGGACGUUUCGCCAUGUUGGCGGCCUCACCGCCGCCUCCGCCGCCUCGUGGAGCGAAGAUGGGCGCACCUGGGGCGCUCAGAGUCGUGGCGCGAGCCAGCAACGAGUCGAUUCCGUCAAGUCCCCGCAGGCCGAGGGAAGCGUCACGGCCACCGCCGAGCGCCGCGGCUGCGGCGCCACCACCGGUAUCAGCUUUGGUGUCCGUGGUGCGCCACAACGCCGCGGCACCAGCUUCGUAGCUGCCCCGCCGGACGAUAUGGCCGACUUGGACCUGGCCUCCAGUUCCUGGAACAGCGACUCCAUUUGCGACAUGUCCGAGCUGACGGUCCCGGACAUGCGCGCUCCCGGGAAGACGGCAACGCUGGAGGCGGCGGCGGCGAGGUUGCGGCCGUGCCCCCAGCCCUCCGCAGCCCCUUCUGCCCAUUCCCCACGGCGUUGGAAGACGCUGUGGACCAUUUGCAACGCGGAGGACUGCGAUGAUGUCAUCGUCGUCAUGGAAGAGCCAGCCGUCGGGAGAGGAGGGGGAAGAACAGGAGGGGUUGGCGGGGGGAGACGCGCAUGCUCGGGAGCGCUGUGGAGGCUCACUUCGGACCACGCCCAGUCCAGCGGGACCCCCCCGGGCUCUGAGGGCUCUGAGGGGAUGGCGCCCGCCGUCGCUACUUGCUGCGCAGGAGCCGGAGCGGGAGCUGGUACCUGAGCCGGCGCGACGACGGCCUUUGGUCCCAAGGACAUGGGUGCCCAGGGGAUGGAAGCCGGGCCCAGAGGAUGACCCUGCUGGGGAUUCGCGUUCGCGUAUUGGUGAUCCGGAUUUGGUUGCCGAGGUGGUACGGACUGGCUGGCCCCGAUGCUAGUGCCGGUGGUGCUGGUGGCGGUGGUGCGGUGCAGAGCGGGCCACGCGGCGCCCACUACGGCAGCACUGACGGUGUACGACUGGCCUGUGGACAACGGGGCUUCUUCGUUAGCAUGAUUGGCGGUGGAUGAUGGCUGGGAGGGGUGAUGGUGGUGCUGCCCGGCGUGAAAUACGGCCGGUAGCUGCGGCUGGGCUUGUGGCGAGUGAAGGGCCCGGCGGGGUGCCCGGCGGAUGACAGUUGUCGGUGAGGGCCUGUCAGCGGUCGAGGGCCUGUGGGGCCCCCCAAGUCGCUUCCAUGCUGUUCCGCACCGCACUUGGUGCGCAUGCGGAAACACUCGAGCCCGUGCUGUUCAAUCCCGUAGCUAUGUUAGGACCAACGGCACCGUUGCCAUGAGCCUGCGCCGGCUGCAUCAGGCUCCCGUCCUGCUGGCUCGAUACGGCAGCUGAAUAGCCAUAACCACCGCCAGCGGACGCUGCGGCAGCGACCGCCUGCGCCAUCGCCGAUGCUGACAACGACAUGUAUGAGGAACCCAGCGACGUGUCGCUGAAGAAGGGCAUUGACGGCCAGGUGGGCAGUAGCGCUUCCGCCGCCGAGUAUUGCGCCAUGGCAUCGCGGUCGGCUACUACUGUGAGGUGGUCCAUGGCGCCCAUACCCCCGAGCAGCACGGCCCCGCCACUACCUCCACUGCGAUCGCGUGCACACGAAGACGACGGCAGCGGUAGUAAUGGUGGUGGUGAGUGACUUGAUUGCGGCCGCAUGCCCAGCUCACGCAGCGCAUGCGGCGGCGGCCGCAGCUGAACCGCAUCAGCAUAGGUGGCGCCGCCGCUGCUACUGUCGUGGACGGCAGCUCCGUCAGACGGUGAACGGAUCGGACUCAGGGGCAGGGCCGGAUGGUGCCCCUCAUCGUGAUGCGGAAUUCCGGCCCCCGGCAACGUGACGGUAUGUGUGCUGCUGCCAAGACCCGCCAGCCCGCUCCACUGGGACGUUGGCUGCGCCGCAAAGGCUCCGCCUCCACGCUGUACCGAAGCAGCGGCAGCAGCGGCAAUGUGUCCGCUGCCAGCAGCCAGCCUGACGGCGGAUGGAUAGCUCGCGUCCCCUAGCAGCCUCUCCGCGGCGGCGGCGGCAGCGGGGUCCAGCUCGCCGGACCCCGCCUGAUCGGAUGUGUUGCGUCGCGACCAGGCCUGUAGCGAGCCGGGGCUGGCGAGGCUGCUGGUAUCCUCAGAAGACGCCAUGGAACGGGCGAAGGCGCCGUUGCCUUCACCGCCGCUACCGCCGCGCGGACUGGCUUCGCGGGAGGCGCUGGUUGCGGAGGAUGGAGACGGCGGCGGCGGAGGGAACACAGGCGGGUGCGGCUGCAAGACGAUGUUUAUGGUCUACCAUUCCGCUGGCUCGACGGCGCUGAUGGCUCCGCUGCUGGCGCGGUCAAGGUGGCUGUUGAUGCCGCCGCUCACUUGGACGUGGGCUACCGGCCCUGGUUCCGGCGGGCAGCUGGCGAUCAAGGUACGGGAAGAUGACCUCGCUAGGCCCGGCGGCGGCAGCGGCGGCGGCGGCGGUGGAAGCACGGAUGACGGACGCGACGGCGGGACGAAAACCUGGUUCGCCGGAUUUGGAGCACCGCCUGGAUUUGCGACGAUGGGCUUUCCAGUAGCAGCGACAGGCGCGGCAGGUGUGGCGGCAAGUCCAGCGCUGCUCCCGAGGUCCAAGUCCGACAGGAAGCCCUUGCCGUUGCCGGUGCUGCGGCUGCCCGCCACGACGACGCUGUCCUCCCAAGCUUGUGGCCGCGGAGGGGGAUCAAGAUUUUCCAGUUGGCUGCUUCCCACGGAGAUAGAAAAGGAGGACUCGGACGAUAUAGGCAUCGAACGUAGGACUUCACUUGCGGAGCGACGGGAGCGCGUGCAGAUGAUAAGUCCAUGGCAGCAGUGGCCGGCGGCCCCACGGGCUCCGGCCCAAACUCGGGCUGGAAGCCGGCGGACUCAGCCGCGAGCUCCGUCACCGCGCCGCGGCUGGAGUCCUCGCAGCCACCAGAGGUGGUGGUGGAGGCCCUCGUCUCCAGGACGCUCAGGGUGCCGUUGCUGACGCGGCCGAUGGUGGUGCCGGAGCCCUUACGGAUCUGGUACAGGGGUCCCGGCUCCGGCGGCACACUGGCACUCAGCACACGGGAGCCCGACAUCGCCGUCCUUGACAACUGCCCUGAAAGCGGCGGCGCUGGCGGCGGCGCUUCCUGUAAGGCAGGUGCCGGAGCAAUACUCAUACUCGUAGCAGGCCCACUAGCCGCUGCUGCUGCUAGAGCUGCUGGAGCUGCUGCCGGCGGCGGCGGUGCAUUCGCAACUUGUGAAGCAUUCGUUUGGUUGUGUUGCUGGGCGGAGGCUGCGUCGCCCGCGUUGCCUGUAGAUGGUGACUCAUCGGCAGGGGCAGCAGCGCUGGCCCCGCGGCUUGCGGCCGCACCGCCGGGCUGCCGCACCUGCACUUGAGGCCCGGGCUCGGGAUGGCAGCUCGCGGUCAUGGCCUUGGAGGAGGAGGAGGGGGAAAUCCUUGCCUGCGGCCCUACAAAUGGGAUGGCUCCCGCCGGCCCCAUUCCCCCAUCCUCCCGCCCCGCCUCCCCACGCCGGACAGCCUGCUCAAGCCUCUCCAGCCGUUCCCGCAGCCCGCUCGCCUCGCCGUCUGCCGUCACCAUGCCCGCCGGCAGUGGCAGCAGGAUGGGGCCACCGGGCAGCGACGCCAGUCCGGCGCCGGCCUGCACCAUCCUGUACCAUUGCUGCCACGCAGCGUUUUGCACGGCGGCCAUGGCGCCCUGGCCGCUGCGCCCCUCUACCACAUCGGAGCUGUUCUGCACGGAGGAGGAGACGGUUUCCGUGGCCGGUGAAGGCAGGCUGCCCGUGUCCACGGCGAGCUCAGUAGUCCUGGCCUCAGCCUCGGGCCGACCGGCCGAGGAUGGGGGCCCCGGUGGUGGCGGUGGCGGAGGCGCUGGAGCUGCUGCGGCUGCGUUGGUGGCUGAGCAAACUUGCUGCUUAAGCCGCUCGGAAUCGAGCUCCCUGCAGGCUGGGCCAGAGUCCGCCAGGCGUAGAAGACACUGCGGUGGUCGGAAGGCAGAGGGGUUGCACACGGCGCAACACACAAAGGGGUUUGAGGGGCCCCAAGAUGGGAUAGGCAGCGGAAACUCACGGAUGUUUUUUUUACCAAAAACUAUGAAUGCGGGGCGCGCCGUCGCCGAGGGCGUCCGAAUUGCGCUGAAUGAAUACCCCAGGGGGCUCCUCAACAUACCGCGCCUCGGGCUCCGCGGCAGCUGAUGCACCUGCGGAGGGGUUGUCCCUUGCCCCACCUGGGCUGUGCCCAGGUAUCAGUACCGACCCAAGCGGUGCCACACCACAUGCAGCCGCACCCAUUACUACGCACACACAGACACACAGAGGUACACACACGCACAAAUGCGCUUCUCCGCGUACCUGCAAAGCAUGGGCCAGGCCUUCCGCCGCUGGCGCUCCUGCCGCGCGAAUGCGGACCAGGCGGACAUCACCGCGGCCUGCAGGCGCCUCUCCGCACGGGUCUGCAGCAGGCGACUGCACGUGGCCAGAUGGCGCAGCGAUAUGACCGCCAGGUGCCGCCAGGCGGUCAACACUGCAUGGGGUUGGGGGUCGGGGGGCCGGGGGCGGGGAAGGAAGGGAAGGGUUUGGAGCGGGAAGGAACGGCGCGGGGUGCGGGGUUCUUGACUGGGGGAGAGGGUUACUAGGACGCUUGUGCCGAUAGGCCAGUGGCAAGGAGGGGAAUCAAAUGAUAAAGAGGCAACGAGUCAACAGCUGGCGUCCAAUGCAAGGAUGGAGGCCGGAGAGUAGGCAAAGCGACAACACACAAGGCAGCGACAGCACACUCCCUUACGAACAGUCCCCAAACCCCCAGUUGCCAGACCUACCCUGCCGCUUGACACGCGCCCAUACCGCCGCGUAGCGCCUCUCCACCGCCUCCUGAACUUCCGCCGCGGCUGCGACCGCCAGCCUCCACGCCUGCACCGUCCGAUUCAGCAGCGCCAGUCGCACGUCCUGCUUGUUCCUCAGCUUGUCCUGCAGCCGUUCCCGUACCUCCCGUACCUCCGCGCGCCAGGCCAGCAGGGCGCGCCUUGCCAUGCGUCCCGUCCGCCUCGCCAGCAGCUUCAAGCACGUCCGGUGUAGCCGCGCAGACUGCCCGGCGUGCUGGCCCCAGGCCGCAAGACAGGCCCCCACCAGACCGCGCACCAGCCGCCGAGCCAUGGCUAUGGCUGCGCCGCGCCUGGCCCUGCCGUCCGCCACGGCGGCGGCCCAGCACUGGAAGCACGCUUCGAGGAACAGGCGUCGACAGCGCGCCCUCAGCCGCCACGCGGCGGCCUGCAGACGCAAGCGGCGCGCAGCCAUUACCCUCCAGGCACUGAAGGCCGCCAGCGCGAGCCGGCGCGGCUGGACCGCCACGCGGGUCAGUGCUGGCAGGCGCGCGCGCAGCAGCUCCGCCACCGUUGCCGUGGCGGCGGCGCCGCCCCGGCCGCCGGCAGCGCUCACUCCCCCGAGUGCCGCCAUGAGAAUGCGCUGGAUGGCCUCCAGGGGGUUUCCAACACCGCCGGAAAGCGUACGGCAAGGAAGCCUGCUGCAUCACGGCAUGGGGAGACCAGCCCGCCGGGCGGCGAGCGGAGACGGCAAAGGCAGCGUCCCAGCCAGCAGCCUGCAGGGCGUCGAGAAGGAGGACCUGCAAGGCGGCGGUAUGGCUAGCGACGUACCAGGAGCGCAGUACACCGCGAGCCACCAAUCGCCGCCAUUUGCCCCGCAGCAGACGGGCGAAGCCUGCGAGGCGGGUUCACGCAGCAGCUGUAGCUCGUAACCCCGGCGGCAACGACCCAGCGCGAUCAUGCCCGCCCUCACGGCGGCGCAGCGCCGACGCCAGCCGGACAGAACGCGGAUCGCCAGCGUGCGCGCGUGGACACGGACGGCGCUCUGCCACUGCUCUCGCCUCGGCUGCAGCAUACCGCGCCACGCGGCAAACAGUGCGCACAGCCGGCGGAAGCACAGCCGGCGGUCCGCCAGCGCCGCGGCGGCACGCAGUGUCCGCCUCGCGGCUGCCACUCUGACCCAACGGCGCACCACCUUCCGGAGGCGCGCGGCUUGAUGUCCUGCCACAAGUUUCCGCCGCGUCUCUGCAAGCGUCCGUGUAUGGCUGCACCAGCGAGUCAACACCGUGGCGGCUAAGGCACGGCGCCGCAUGCGCCCCACCGCCGACAACGUGCCCUGCAAGUGCAGCCUUUCCGCUGCUACCCGCCGCCAGCCCGUCAGCACCCGGCGCAACAGAACGCCACGCCGUCGGCCGUCGAACCACCUUUGCAACACCCCCGUCAGUCGCUCCGCCGCCUCCGCGACCUGGCCCUCUGCUUGCAGGCCCAUAGCUGCCUGCCUGGCGACAGCGCGCCACGCAACAAACGCCGCCGGCAGCAACCUACGUUCCCUGCGCUGCGCCAUCCGCUCCGCAGCCCUUCGACGCACCGCGGCCACCCCAACCUCCAUCAGCCACCGCCUCAUGACCCGGCCCUGGAGCUGCUGCUGCCGAAUCAGAGCCACCAGCUCCGCUCGGCGCCGUCUGGCGAUGCUCUCCUCCACGAGAUCGCGCCAGGCGCACCAAAGGACACCCACGCGGCGCCGCGCCACCAUGACUGCGAGAAGUGCUGCGCGGGCAGUCAGCUGGCGGCGCUGCUCACACAGGCCCCGCCAGGCGGCCAUGAUGGAGUGCAGCGCGGCCACAGCGGCGGCAGCGAAGGUGACAUGUGCGGCGCUGCGUGCGGUGGCGAGGUGGCGGGAGAGCUGGUGCCAGCGCACCAGGGCUCGCCUGAGGCGGCUUUCCUGGAGCUGGUGCUGUGUGUCAAAGAUCUCGAGCCUGAGAACGAGAAAAAAGAGUUGGAGAAAUAAAGAUGGAAAAGCAAAAGCUCUUGCUCAAAACCAGCAACGCGUUCAAGAGAGGCGGUAGGGCAGGAGGGCCGCACAGAUGUGGGUCGUGGGCACGUGCACAGCAGCCGUCGCGGGGAAGGCGAAGGUAUGAUACCGAUGGGCGUCGCAAGCCGCGCAGUUUUGGAGCAGAGCUGGAGUAGCAGGUAUGGUAAACGGCUCUUUUCCCGUUUGUUGCACGGCGGGGGCAUGUGCAACACGCAAUACGCCGCCAUGGUGGCGGAGAUGUGUACGAGAAUGUGACCGCGGAAAGUGUAUACGCUCAACGAGGACAUGGCCCCUAAGACCAGGUAGGCAGGCAAGGCCAGGGACGGGGAUAUGUAUUGGCGCGCAGCCCAGCCGGAAAGCUGUUUUCGCGCGCACCUGCACCGUGCUACUUUGUGUCUAGCGUGUGUUUAACGACGGCAUUGCUGUCUGCUGCUCGCACACGGUGAAGACGCGUACACGCAAACAGAGGGAAGACAGGACGGCGCACGCAUCGCACCGGAGCGCCACAGCCGCGUCCUUCCAGGCCUGCAACACACGGCGCGCCAGCCACCUGGCCAGGUGCAGCCGAGUCGCCUCACAGCGACUCCACCGCGCUCGCCGCUCGUCAAUGUAUCUGGGCCGCGUGGGAUAUUAUACUACAUGUUAAACUCCACUAAAUUACCGAUGGAUGAUGGGUCAUAUAUAAUACAUGCAGUCUAUUGUCUAAUGUUGAAAUGCGGCAGAUAGUCCCCCCCAAUGGUUAGGUGUGGUGAGCGGGCGCAACUCUCACCACGUCUCACCUGGACCAGGCCUGUAAAGUCAUUGCGCCGCGCUGCCGCGCCGCGCGCCGCAGCCAUAGCGCACAGAGCCGCUUCAAGAGGGCACUGCGGCUCGCCCUGAAGUGCCACUCCUGCAGCGCCCCCAGCAACCGCCGAGUGUGAUGCCGCGCCCAACACUGACAUGCCAACAUGCUGCAACAGACAAAGCAGCCCGUUGGAAACCCAAGUCAGGUCAGGCUGCGAGAACCCAAAUCAGCCAGUCAAGACAGCAAUGAGGGGGCGGAAUGACAUGCAGCGAAAGUCAAAAGACCUAAUGCCGACAGCAGUAAGGGAAGGGGGAGCAGUGAGCAUUACGAAGCUAACACGCCGUGUGCUGUCUGCUGCUCGCCUGCGUGCACUGCAGUAGGAUACGCAAGGGUGGCGAAGAUGCUGGGAAGGAGGCAAGAAGGCCAGGGGGCAAAAGGGUGGUGGUCGCGGCGCGGGGGAAAGCCCACCAGGUCUCCACCACGGCCUGACCCACAUCGUCACAUACAAGCUCAUCCAGCAGACCCAACCCACUCACCCACACCUCUUCUUCUGCCGCACCCAGCUCAUCCAUUUCCGCACACCGGCCCGCUCCUACAUCCGUUCCCCUCACGCUAAUCAAACCGCGUUUCCAGACCCUAACCCACAGCAUGUGCCGCGCGUGCCGCAUCGCCGCCGCCCGCUGCUGCAUCGCCACCCAGGCCGCCGACUGAAGCCUGCGCUCGUUGUACAUCGCAGCCUCCCUCCGCCUGUUGCGCGCGGCCCGCGCCUCCGCCCUCCACAUCCGAAACGCCAGGAAGAGCGACCAUUUCAGCACCCGCAUCACAUAGCCCUUCACCACGUGAUGGGACAGCUCCAGCGCGUCGUCCUGCAGGGAGGAACUCAUGUAGGCCGCACACUCGGGGGGCACUGUGCCGGAGUGACCUGGGGGGGAAAGACGAACCACACACGAUUGACCUGGGGGGGGAGAGGCGGGGAAAGUGCACCCGGCACCGGCGAGGGUCAGAUCAGCAGUGCGGGCUGCGAGGAUGAGAUCGGCAGAUUGUGGAUGGUAAUGGCUGCAGAGAGAGCGAAGAGAGGGAGGUAGAAAGAAAUGGGCGUGCUUGGUGCGGUCGGGGUUUUCCUACCUUGCUAACGAGUGCAUGGACUCGGGGAAACGACGUCAACGAACAGCGCAGCAACGAGCCACAGUUGUUUUUGUUACCUAUCGCCUAUCAAAAGGAGAGGUGGAAACAUCGCUUCUCCGGAAUAACGUCACCAAGUCCCACACAGCCUGUGGUCUCCACCGCGACAACUCCUCCACGCAGACCCAUUAUUUACGCCCGCCCCAGCUACCACCGCAACCGGGUGUGACUGGGCGACAGCACCAACCUUUCGAUUCUUCCCCUUCUAGCCAUCCCACCCCCCUCGCCCUCACCGGGCACAAGCUGAUCGACAGCGUGUCCAUUCACCGUGUCCAACGGCUGCUGGGGCGGCGUGCUGGGCAGCGCGUGGUGGUGCCGCAGCGAUGGCGCUGGCGUCGGCCCCGGCAUCGGCCCCGGUGCGCACCCCACUCUCCAGGCGCGCACGCUCAUAGUGAUGGCGGGUGCCCUGCCAGGUCAACCGGGGGGAUUAUGUGCUUGCGUUUUGCCACACCCACAUGGCGGGGCGGGGAAAAGGAAAAGAGGAAUAUACAUCGGGCGGGGGAGGAAGAGCAGGAUUGGGGCCAAGCUCUAGCACCUCCCAGUUUCCAAAGCUACUGCCAGCUGUGUCAAUGGCUGGACUGAGCUUGCUUAACAUGGCCAAUUCAGGCCAUGCUGGACCGGGCUCGGAUGCCGCACGAAUCCCCCUCCCCCAUUUUCCUGUCCAGCAGACCGCCGUGCUGUCGCAGCCUAUUGAACCUGCCGGAUGCCUGCGGCAAAACUGUACUGCACGGCUGGCUGAGUAGCCAGGCCAUAUCAUCCCGAGGUGACUGGGGAACCGACUAGAAACACGAAAUCGCGGACUCGGGCUCGUAUCGAACUGCUACAAACGGGCGGGAAAGAGUCCCCCCUGCGCAUCCAGCGUUUCCCUACGUACUGUCUGGAGGUGAGGCAUAUUGCGGGGCUAUGCUGCUGUAGCAGGCCGUGGUAGAGAGCCUCCGCCUGCAGUUCGGCACCGGGGGGAAGCAGAUCUCAGCACGGGAAUGCCAUGAGAGCUAGAUUGAAAAAAGAUGUCAAGGAGGAUGCCUAGGAGCUAGGUUCCUCACUGGCACGUGAUAGGGGAAGAGCCUAGGAUAAAUGUGGGUCGCACAUCGUGAAGAGCAUAUCACAAGGUCGUGAGGCAGACGAAGCCGCUACAAUGUACAGGGUAUGCUAUAGGCAGCAGGAUGCGCUGCGGCGGCUUCGCAAGUAGACGGGUGGUUUUGGGGGGUGGAGGAGGGGGAAAGGUAUCCAAGUUGUGCCCACCUUCCACUGCUCCCACACGCCGAGUCGCGGCGAGAAGAACACUAGGUUGGGGGUCUUCUUGCGGGCUUGCAGGAAGAGCCCUUCCAAAAACGGAGACCGUAGGCCCAGCCAUUCGCCCUGCUCUACCACCUCAAGGCAAGUCGCAUGCUCAACCGCCCCUUGGGGUGGGAUAGCGCUCAAGUACAGUAGAGCUGGUUCGCCAGCUUGUUCAUCAGCAGGGCGCACCUGUAGACCAUUUACAUUGGAAGCAUGUCGGUAACGACCACUAAAUGGGAUAUUGUUCACACAUGGCCAAGCCAUUGGAAACCCCGUGGCUUGCAAAGGCUCACCGCAUAUGCUGUCGAGCUCUGUAUAGCCUCAAGGAUAACCCAGUCGCCAUGGGAAAGCCGCUGGACGUAAUGCGGGAGGUCCUGUCCGUUCGGAAGCAUAGGUUUUCUCCGUUGACUCAACCUUGCCUAAGUAAUCGCCCGUCAUCUUUGCUUUAGCAUUUUUAAUCCUCUUGGUAAUGUUCUAAAACUGCUGGAAUAGGUGACAGCAACCGGAGUCCGGGUAACGGGCUGUCCUCCGGCUGGAUCAUUUUUAAUGUGCCUUUUAUUUAAGAUGAAUUGUAACAUAGUCAUUAUGAACUAUAUGAUCUGUUCUUAGAUAUAGUUUCAUAGCAGUUCCUAGCAUAGUCAUGCAGCGAAAUGUAACCCGUGUCGCAGGUGUCCUGUUUGGCCAUGCAUGGCGUCAUGAGGAAGCAUUUCCUUUGUGCUGUAUAUGGCACCGACUUAAUGCUAGUGCAUGGCGGUCCCUGGCAGAUGGCAGUUCGCGCAGCUCAAGCACGCCAACCGUGGGACAACGACGAGCACAGCCGACUCGCCAGGUGCCUUACUUGUCGACAGACGACUUUGGCCGACCCACUGUUAUCCACCGCUCGUCUGCACUGGACGCACACGACGUGGGCAAGUUGUCCGGGGCUCCGUACGAAGUCACGGAGGACUUGCAGCAAACGAGUCGCAAAGGAAAAUCCCCUCGGAAAGCUGCUGACCAAAUUCAACACCGCAAAGGCACUUUUAAAUUACAGACUUGCCGGACGAAAAGGUUGACCGAUGCCUCUUCGGCAGAGCCCUCCCCGCCUGAUGCGAAUGCUGAAAUACUACCGCGCAACCGGCCGCGCCCCCGUGGCCCAUCUCCUCCACGCAAUCACGACUUCUCACACGGCGAUCUCUCCGAAGCGCUACCCGCAGCGAAUUCGAAACCCCACGCGUCUCACGCGACAAGGACCCGCCAGCCGGGAUCGCAUGCUUACCUUCCGGCUUUCAAAGUCCAGUUCCCUAAGCGAGCUGGACCUGCUGCUGGGCCAGCACCCCACCGCCCCCAACUUGAUUCACCUGGCAGCCACGGCACGGCAGGCCGUACUGCUGGGGAGCCUGUCGCAACCCAGGGAGGCGAGGGAGCUCCUUGACCGGCAUCUGCAGCGCGUGGCGCAGGACGGAGCCGCCGCCGCCGCCGCCACAGCGCCAGCGACGCUGGCAGCUAGGAAGACAGCAAUCACCGCGGAUGGAGCCGGUCCCCGAUAUGGCCGUAGUGAGGCCGCCGGUGAAGCAGAGAGGGGAGCCGGCGGAAACAGUAGGGGGGAUGGUGUCGGGAGUCUAGCCGUCGGGGCUCAUGGGCUUGCAGACAGUCACUCCAGAGAGGUCAACGUCGCGGUGAAUGCGGCUGCAUCCAACAUGGCGGCGGGUCGGGAGGCGACGAUGCCGGCGUUGUCGCCACCAAUUCGCGAGGUUGGCGACGUCCUGUGGGCGUAUGGGAAGCUGCAGUGCAAGCCGCCGCCCCACGCAUGGUCCAGUUUGUUUCGUCCAUUGUUGCUGGACGUGAUGGCGUGGCGUCAGUUACGAGACGGGAGCUGAGCAAGGUGGCUGUAGCGCUGGCGCGCAUGGGGGAGCUAGAUACGGACGUGUGGCGGGUGCUGGCAAAGACCGCCGCCGCUGCGGCGCCGGACAUGAGGCCGCGCGCGCUCGCUUCCACGCUAUGGGCCUUCGGCUCUGUGCGCAUGACCCACGGGUCAUUUCUGGCAGCAUCCGUCCGCUCCAUCCACCACAAGCUCCGACACUUCAACGGACAAGACCUGGUGUGCGUCAUGUGGGCCCUAUCCCGCCUGGCGCAAGACGCGCCAGACGGCGGCAACCAGGCUUCCGCCGCCGCUGCCGCCACGGCAGCUGCACGGAACCUACUAUACGGUGACCUCUCUGAUGCCGUACGACGGUGUAUGCAGCUCCGCGGCUUCAAACCCGCGGAACUCACAACGCUGAUCGGCGUCUUGGACGAGCUCUCCGAAUGUCGGCGCGGGGGUUGAUGCACCUCAGUCCGCGGCUACUUCGCGUGCUGGGCCAGGGGAUCUGCAAGAGCAUGUCCUCGCUGCCGGUGGGCGCUCUGGCCGUGGCGGCGGCGUCCUUUCAGCGGCUGGGCCAUGGCGACGGGGCGCUGUUCCGAGCUCUGGCGGCGGCCAUGGCGCUGCGGCUGCGGCACAUGGACCCGCGACACCUGCUGCGGGCGGCGGCGGCGAUGCAGGCCGCGGGCCUUAGGGACAGGUCGUUCUUCGCCAAAGUAAGGCGGCAAAAGAAGGGUUCUUGACGGGAGGGGUAGGCUCGAUCCGGUAGACCCCUAGGGCUGAAAGGCGUGGCGACGUCGUCGAUGUGCCGUCAACGGUGACUCCAUGGACAUGACGAGACAUGGGGUAGGCCCAUGCAGGGGGCGCAUGCUGCUCACCGGAAUUACCAGAACGCGACGGGCCCCAGCGCGCAGGUUUCAAUCGGGGGCCGUACAGUGCCUGCUGUACGUACGUGUAUUUUGAUGAAUGCCUAUUGACACCACCACUGCCGGCGGGCGGGCGGUGUGCAUACGUUGCUCCUCCCGUCUGUGUUCGUGUCCGUGUAUAGGUACUUGGCGCCUCAGAGUACCGACUUGCCGCAUUCAAGAGGCACGAGUUGCUGUCUAUGGCGAACCUCGCCGGACGGCUAGCAGGAGCUUCAGAACCCCUCACAAGCGCUAUCACCGACAAUACCACCACCACUACCGCCGCCGUCACAGCCAACAGCAGUAGCAGCGGCGGCGGCGGCCAGGUCGCUACCAAGGAGGGGGCGGCGGCGGCGGCGGCGGCGGCGGCGCGGUCAUUCCUCCAUUCGGCCGUCAGGUUCGCGGUGGAGUCCUCCUCGGAGCCGCCAGCGUCGAGGGCCCGCGGUCAGUGCCGCACAGCUCCAGGCUGCGAGGCUUCAGCUGCCCAGGGCCAUUCCCGGCGGGCUGAGGGGACCGCAGCUAUUGAGGCGGUUGUGCAUGAGUGCAUGCGGUUGCGGCACUGGCACCGACUGCUGCGGUCGGCGGCGGCUGCCGGCUGGCGGGACGAACAGCUAGGAAAUGCCGCCCUGGAUGAAAUGGUGCGGGAGGUGCGCCGCGCAAGGCCCGCGUGGCUCACCGCCGUACGCAAGAGGGCUGAACGGCUAGCAGCGGAAGCAGCAGCGGAGACGAACAUGGAGACGGCGGCGGCGACCAUGGUGGAGCGGGAACACCGGUGAGCAGUGUGAGACUGGGGUCGUACAUGUACGACACAGCUGCAGGUGACGUGUCGGGUGUGUUGUACACCGCCGCGGUUCUGGGGUUGCGUGGUCGUGUGGACGUGGUGGAGGCGGUGGUGUUCGGAUUACUGGAGGCCCUCGGGGCUGCGGAGGAGGUCCUCUCGACGUCGACGUCAACGUCAACGCCGACGUCAACGUCAACGCCAACGUCAACGUUGACGGUGGCGCCCAAAGGUCCGAGCACCACCUUGAUCAGGGGCCGCCAGCAGCAGCCGGGUACGCAGUCGCUUCCCUCGGCUUGUGACGUGGUGAUGCUAUCUCCGCAAUCGGCAAGUCAUCUUCAGCGCGGCCUGGAGUUUUUCGGACCGGCGCUAGGUUCGUUGGAGCACCGACGGACGCGUAUCGCUGUGCAGGUGUUGCGGCAGAGGUGGGGGCUGUGGUAGGAAAGCCUGGACUUACCUCAGAGUUCUCUUGAGCUUGAGCGAGCAGAAGGAGAAAGGGUAGGCGGGGGUAAAUGAGAAGGAAUGGGGUGCGCGGGGCCCGGGGGGCUGGGGCGGGGCUGGCUGGAGGUGGCUGGUGAUUCAGGGUUUUGAUAAGACGCGGCAGUGAGGCGGCGCGCAGGCUGAGGUCACGUGGAUCCAGAUCCAGCCAGUCUGGGCAGAUUGCUCGUCGUGUUGGCCACGAGGGGGCCAAGAGGGGGUCAAAAGGAAAAUUUACUUUUUGAAAAUGAGAGUAAAAGCUUCUCUGCGAUUUCCGUUAAUACCUAGCUUUUGUUCAAGUCCAGGUAGCUCCAGGAAGGGUUUCGUAGACUAUGGCUAACUCCAGUCGUCGCAAUGCGAGUUUGUUCUGUUGCCAUGGUGGCAAACAGCUAUACUGCCAAAAAUGGAAAAGGUAGCUGGUGGAUGGUUCUUUUCUCUCUUGAUGCACAUUUUGAAAAAAUAAAACCCUUACGACGGAUAAUAAACUCUGCAGGGCUGUGUUUUUAAAGUUCCGCAAGGCGAGUAAAGCUAAAAGCUUUGCGUGCAUCGGUUUUGCACGAUGCGUCUUCAGAUGUUCCUUUUCUUCCGUGGCCCGCGGUCACUUCGUAUGCAGCACCUUUCACGAAGGCUCGACCCCGUUCCGCCCAUCAACCAAACUAGUUGCGCAAAGGAACUAUAAUUACGUAUCAUUUGAGGUAACGUGCGACCAUAACAAUUGCACUUCCGAUGCUGUGGGAACCCCAGGGCCAGUUUACAUGACCAAUCAUUUCGGAAAGCUUUAAGCGUCGAUAAACACGAUCUACUCGUACAAACCUUAUUUUGGAGGGUCGCUGCAAAUGUUUCCUGCAACUUCCUGAAUUGGCCGCUUUGUUGUACCGUACAGCUCGACGACUCCACUACUCCUGCGGCCACCUGAUUACGAGGGUGCAAAUAUAUAUAUGGCCUAUAUGGCAGUUUACUUGUGAUAAUCCGUGUAAUGGAGACCUUAGCGCGCUGUACGUUACCACUGGAUGAGGGUAGGGCGCUGGGGACGAACGCGGACCCAAACCUGGUAAAAAGGGUGAAGGAAGCCCUCAGCGUGGACCUUACUGUGGAGUCAGCCUCCUUCCUAAGGCUUCUCAUGGCAGCGGACAUUUUUCCACUUGGUAAGGAUGGAAAGGCCUUAGCUGCUUGGAACACGACACGACACUGAUAUGCAUAGGUGUAUAUAAGCAUUUAUCUGGAUAACAGCUACGCAUGCUGUUGGGAUCAAGUAUGACGCCAUGAACCGACUCCUUGGGGACUCUUUGCGUGGCGAGUUUUGGGAAACUUUGCUGUUACGUGGCUCUCUUUUAGGGAGUCCACCCCGAAAGAUUUAAAUUAAUAAUGUGAAUUUUUAUUUGGCGUAUCAAUACAAAUUACAUGAGAAUAGUCACUGUGCUCGCGAGGUAGACCGUUCGUCACGGUGUUACAAACGCCUCCCUUUUCAGCUUGCUGCUAAGAUCAAUUGAACAAAUUUAUGCCAGAUUAUUCCUCAUACGCAGUAGGAAAUCAUGCAGCACAAGUGGUAAGCGGUCAGUCAGUCUAGCCGUGUUCCUGCAAUUGUUAUGUUACCUCCAGAUGCGUGACCAACUGCUUCCAAAGGUCAAAGAGUAAAUAUUCAAAGAGCACUAGCUUAAACGCUUAAUUUGUUAUCAGCUAGUCCUUACAGCUUAUGGUUCGUUCGUUUGGGCUGUCGAAGUCGAGUGUUAUAACAGAACGCUGCCGCCACGGUUCGCGAGCUGCCCAUAGUCCCAAGCAAUUUACACGUUAUAGUAUGAAUAUAACAUGCAUAUUAUUAAUAAAAAAACCCAAUCCAUCACAUGCAACCUCUUCAUUUAUUAACCAAAUCCAGCUCAUCAACGGUCAACCCGUCUAACGCCGCCGCGCCCUUUCUCCACGAACCCACCCACGAAGAACCCCCAGCCCAGCCCCAACUCCCUGCAUUGUUGUCCAAUUUGUUGCUCCUCCUUCCGUUUCUUUCUUUCUUGUCCUCCAUCCACUAACAAAUCUCCGCACACACCCGCCUAGGCGGCCUCUACACGGGUCCCUGGGCCCAUUUAGCCGUACGGCGCUACUGCUGCCACUGGUUGGCACUGCUACUGCGCUUGGACGACCCCCGAGACCGGGAGCCCCUCGUACCGCCUCUCGAUGUCGCCCUGGUAUGGGCCCUACACCGCAGCAUUGACAUCCAUGCCUACGUAGAAGACUGCACUGCGCUGGCCUUCCGUGCGGCCCCGGAAAGGGAGCCCGAGCUUCUCAGUGCCGGACCUCUCCAGGCGCUGAACUUCAGCGACGGAAGCGAUGACGCCGGAGCGCUGACCAGGAUGGGGGUUAGGGGGGCGGGAGGGGAGAGUGUGUGUGUGUAUGAUUGUAGGUGCGGGUGUCUUUCCGCCGGAUAUGGUGCUUUGCUCCCUACUGUCUGUAUGGUCCAAGGGUGGUUGCAAGUCAUGUGCGCUGCUUCCGCAAGCGGAGACUGUCUCUUUGCCGGCAAAGGAGGCCAUACAGAAGAAGAGCGUUAAGGGGAAAGAAGCGGAGGGCGCUGUGCCACAGCCAGCAAGGCAGACCGCAGCACGACACGCCUUCCCCCGCCCUCCCGUGAAACCACCCAAACCCUUCAGGCCUGGCCCCCUCUACCUGCGGACGGCAGCUCCGCUUUCUCGGCAACCAGCUCGACAGCUGGUGGCGGUGGGGGGACCCCUAGGCCUCGUGGCCGCCGCAGCAGCUCCUCCAGCUCAAGCCGCUCCUCGCCUCCACACUGUACGGCCUUUCCCCAAUACCAGCCGUACUGGCCACCGCAGCUAGGCUCCGGAACCGCCACCAGCCCUCCUACCCAACACCACCACCAUAAGCUCCGUUGACCGACGGUCAACUACCUCCCCCUCCUGGAGUACGACAUCAUGGGAGGAGGAGAUGCGGAGUCGCUUGGUGGGCCUUUUGCCGCAAGCGGCCUGGCUUUUGGGUCGGCUGAUGGAUGCGGGCUUUACGGGCAGCCCACAGGAGCUAGAAGCGGCGGUGGAGAGGUGAGGACGGGAUGGGGUGUACGGCGUUGGAUAGGCGGCGAUGGUAGGGAAGGAAAGGGGAGGCUGCCAUGGUGUGUUGCGAGGCGGAUUGAUGUGGCUGUGGCGAUGUGGGGAGGAGGGGACGCAGUCCUGUAGGGUGUUAUGGUGUAUAAACACAGCCCACAAGCCCAGGCACACCCAUAUUCAACAUUUACUUGGGCCGCUGUUGGGCUGCCGUUGCCCCUCAGGUACUGUCGUUUCCUGCUUCUAGCCCAACGAUAUCAUUUCGAGGCGCUGCUGUUUCCGCCCGAUGUGCUGCUGGUGUGGUGGGCGCAUAAGGCCCACAGCAGCGCUUACUUGGCGGAUAUGGACCUGCUCAUGGGCUGUCCCUUCGACCCGGUGCUGCCGGCGCUGGACGAUGUAUUGCUGGCCAGGUGCGUGCGCCUGUGUGUGCGCGCUACAAUGCAUGUACGUGCACGUGUACGGGUACGGGUAUGCGUCUGUAUGCGUUCGGAGGGAAAAGAUUUGUUGCUUGAGGAUACGAUAUAAUAAGGGACAUCACCUUCACUUCCUAAACAUCAAAACGCGCAUGCGUGUUUGUUAUCACAUCGCGAGAUGCGCGUGCUGUCCCGCCUCGCUGCUCCGAAACCAGCUGGCUGUCGCAACUGGGAGAGUCUCCAUUUCCCCAUUUCUCACUUGAGUCGCUGAGGGCUCUGAGCCGAGGGGCUAGCACCUCGCCUCCGUGCUUUUCGCAUGUUUCCCCUCUAACCCUGGGGAGUCUCCCCGCGGGAAAAACACAAUUCCCCGCCCUCCGUGCCGCCGCCAACCACAUUCAGGCGAACCGCUGAACUGUACGAAUUCGAGUUCGGCGAGCCGUUCAACUUAUCCUUUCCAAUCGCGUCCGAGCCCUUUGGCCUCUACGAGCCACGGCUCUCUGCCGGUACAAGCGGAGCUAUCACGGCGGCUGGAGCCGCUGCUCCGCUGCUUCGAUGCCCCCCAGAAGGAACAUCAUCAGACCGCAGGUUUCCAGGCGGGGUCAUUACACAACUCCUCCCCAAGAAGCUCAUUACGCAACUCGCAUGAUGGCGGCCUCCCGUAUCCCCUUAGGUGUUCCAGCAGCGGGGCGGGCUCGCGGCAGCAGUCGAGCCGAUGCUGUGGCGGGGCCAGCAAGGCAGCUACUAGGGCGCCGGCGUCCGCAUCCGUUACCAGCCAAACUCGCGGCGCACAGCGCAAUCCGAGCCGAGGUGGCAAUGGCGGCCGCAGGUUGCUGCUGACGGGGCGAGUGGUGGCGGCGCUGGCCCGGGGAAUCAGAUUGCGGCUGCGGCAGGGCUGCUUUGGCGAUCCGGGCUUCAGUUUGGAGCUGGCCGCGGCGGCGGCGGCGGCGGCGGCGGCACAGCCACAGGUGGCGGUGUCGGCCGGCAGAGCCGUCAGGGAGGCCUGGGAUGGGCUACAAAAGGCGCCAGAGGCGGCGGCAGUGGCGGCGGAAGCCGUUGGAAAUGCUGUUGUACGAGCAGGCAAUGGUGGCGGGGCAGAUCCAGGGCCAUUAGUCGUGCCGCUUUGCAGUGAGAUGCUGGCCCUGUUCAAUCAGGCGAUGGCGGCGCAGGGGGGAGCUUCGGGAUGUACGGCGGCCUGUACGGGCAGACACCGAUCCAGCACGGGAGCGCAGACGAGUCUGGCGGGUGCGCCUCUGGGGGCCGCACCUGACGACGUGCCGCGCGCCGGCGCUGCCGUGCGAUACCUCGUGUGGCUUCUCGAGCGGGAGUUGGCGAGCACGGCAGCGGCUGGCGGAGGUGCUGAACCUUGCGGUGGCGGCGGCGGUGGCGGCGGUCGCUGGGGACUGGUGCGGCUGCUACCGACAGGAGGAGGGGGCCGAAGCUUUUCACCACGUUCGGCAACUUGCCGAUGAAUUCGAACCAUCCAUUUUGGUAUGACUGCUGCCCGGCCGCGUUUGUGGAGGAGCCGACGGCGUCGUCGACAUCGUCGCUGGGCAACGGUAUAGGAUUGCAGCCAGUGACCAGCGCUAGGCUGAGCACGGUGCUGGAGACGGCGGCGUGGGAUUCGGCCGUUGCGAAGGCGGUGUGCGCAGCGACGCGGGCGCCAAGGUGGCGAUGAAGGCGGCGAAAGGAAGGUCAAUAACGAUCGCGGCGCCAGGGACAAAGGCCUGGAAAGGAUUGCUGUCAGGGCGCAAAGAGUCCUGAAAUGCACGAAUGCAGGACGAGAAAAGGGGAGGUGAGAUGAGCCAGGCCAGAUUGGAUAAGCCCCGCUGGAUGCGGUGGGAGGGGGAGGGGGAGGAGGGCCAGUUCAGGGGAAGCCGCGUGCGAAGGUGAUUUUGCUGGAGCUUUCUCAGGGUAGGACAAACGCAGAGGGAGGAACGAUGGUUUACAUGUUCGGCCGAGCAAGUGAUUAUCGACGAGCGCGAGCUUUUGGUUAAGCCUGAUACGUUUAGGUCCACAGAGAGCAUGGCUUCGAUAGGAUUAGGUUAAGGAUUCGGUAGGAUUCAAGUUAAGUUGUCCCGGCUUUUCCUGUGAUGUUUUGGUAUUUAUGUGGAGAAGUAUGAUGAUGUAUGCUUCUCAUGGUUGGCGGUAAAUGAUACGUAGACUGCGAUUCGCAAAAGCGGUGAAACUGCGCGGUGGCGAAAGGCUUGGUUGUUUGGGGCUUCUUACCGUUGCAGCGUCCUUUGAGAACAAUCAUUAUUAGCAUGCGACACUUCCAUUCCUUCUGGAUGCGCAACAUCUAGCUCCGGGUCCUUGGUGUUACCAUAUCCCUCUUUGGGGAAACCCUUUGCUAAAUGACGCUCAGUUGGACGAACAUUUUGGUGAUCUUAGAAAUUUGCGUGGGUUAGAUACCGUAGGUAUGGCCGUACGAUGCCACACAGCUAUGUCGUCUACGUGGAAUUUGGUGCGCAUGGUUGGUGUACAAGGCCUUACUGAGGCGCAACACUUUCAUUGUACGAAUCUGUUUCGUACUAUCGUGGUACGGGGCAUAUUAGGGCUUACGCCGAGGCAUCCCCUGCCGGCAUCGUGUCAGUCGGGGGCGACUGCCAUAACGCGUAUAUCGCAACUUAUCGACCGCCUACCCCCGCAAUGGACCAUAGCGGCGAUAGUAGCUAUUAAUGACAGAAACCAUGAAAUACCGCCUCCGCAAGAGGCCUGGAAAAGAAUUGUCAAAAGCUUGGGAUGGAGAUUUGGUCAAGUGUUACUGCAUUUCUCUCAAGUAACGGUUAAAUUUGCGACGACUUUACUAAUGGCACCUUCUUUACGAACGCUUGAUAUCAAACAUGAAGAUUUUAUUUUGGAUGCUGUUGAUAUCGUCUUAUCGCCGGAGAACUUGGCCAAUACUUUGUUGGAAUUCCGUCGUACUUUGUCGCGCAUGUGGAGACUUCGGUGGGAUAACGAGCAUAAAGAAGCCUUUUGGAGGCUGGCUCUUGAUGGUUUCCCUGCCUUUCCUAUGCAUAGGGCGCAACGUCAAAGAGGUAUCCCGGCUGCUAUGUGCCCCUGUGGUGUACGCAUGCUUUGUGGGGAUCGUCGGCAUCGUUUCUGGGAUUGUACUGUCGCGUUGGCUCUUCGUGAAGCUCUGCAAAACGAACUUGAGUUCCCUGACCUUUUCAACCGGGCUAACCUGUGGUUGGGCAUUCCACCAACCUGGAUUUGUUCGUGUGUAUGGGAGGUUGUAUGCCUCGCGGCCAUCAGCUCACUCAAUCUCGGUCGCCGUUUGUUGUUUAAGGAAGGUCUCCAGACCAACAUGCCUAUAUCAACGCCAUCGCUUAACCGCAUUACAUACGAGGUUAUCUCUGACUUUUGGGCCCGUUUAACUGCUUUUGCGGCACGGGAUUACUUGCCAAAACAUUGGGAUCAUGUACCUCACAAUCACCCUUUCUUAUAUGUCAAUGACGCAGACAUGGUUGCUUGCCGUUUACCGAUAUACAAUGACGAAGUUUGAGGGCGCACGUCGGAGCCUCAAUUUUUUGUUUAAGCGUACUAACUGAGGCCGUGUGUCCAGUGAAGUUAGUACGGCCUGGCCGAGUUCUUUUUGAAUAAGGCCCACAGUGUUGUGCGGGAGGCGUUCCUAUGGGCGCUGCACUCGACCCGUUCGGGGUCCACUGUAACAAUCGCAUCUCCAUUCCUAACAUUUCAUUCCAUUAUGUCCACGCAUAUUCGCAUCUUGCUUUAGUCCACUUCGCGCGUGUAAAAGCCCUGGGAUGCGGCCCUGGUGCUGCGAGCAGUCAGGGAAUAAUAGCGAAUCCGGCCGAUCGCUUGAUAAAGCGUUGCCAAAGCAUCCUUGUGAGAGACAAAUGUGUUAUAACGCACUUAUGCACACAAGGAAGCGUGAUGUGGUUUGCUGGUUGCGAUCCUUUCCUGGGUCGCAUUAUGCUGCCAGGAGGCCGCGUUAUGGUGUUCCGUGUUGCUAAAAAGUUUAUAAUCCCGCUGUGUGCAUGCCCUGGUGUUAGGCAUGCCAUGACUGGUAUUAUCUUUGUGCGAGAAAGGACGUCUGCAUUGCUUGUGUCGUUGUUUGAUGAAGUUUACAUUUCCGAAGGUAUGAAUACCUAGCACCCCGUCUCGACCACAUGCCCGCACCCAAACAUCGUUUAAAUAGGCAUAUCCGUCGCAAUAGUAGCGCAUGCGAACGUUCCUGGGGCAGUUGCAUGACGCAUUGCUGCAGGUUGGAAUAAAAGUCCGAAUGACCCACGGGUCGCUUUGGUUGAGGAGCAUUGAGAACUGCGAUUUUUUCCGCGCGCGCAGCAGAGGCGGCGUCCAGCGACUGCCACCCAGGUCUGCUCUGCAUGCCUCCGACCAGUUGCCCACCUACCGCCACAGAGGACGAAUAGAUUACUAGUUGGGAGUCGAUUGCAGGAAAGGAGCUUUGGCUUAUGGCCGAACAGUAUUGUUUUCUGAUGCUCCCGGAGGGAGGUAAUGGUUGAAAGAACCAUUUUGAUGACUGUGCUGUUGAGGUUAGGAAUAUUCAAGUCGAUACAAGGAUGUGCUGGCCAAGGAGAUGUUCGGCCCGCAAUCCGCAGCAAGUUUGAGGGACAUGCGUGCAUCAGAGAGAUCCACGAGGUGUGCUGCUGAGGAUGAUGUGAGGGACCCUCGUCCGCAGGGCACAUGUGUGCAUGCGAAACGAACAAAAAUGUGAAGUAGCCGUACAUGGUCCAAUGUUUGGUGUCACUCAGGUGGAAAGAAAUUCGCCCGUCGGCACCUUUGGCGGCCCUCACCCUUUUGAAAGAGCGGUCCGCAGACGUUUCCCUUUCACCGCCGGACUUCAGGAACUCAACCAGCAAAGUGGUACUAGGUGUUCUUCUGUUAGCUAUCAAGUCAAUUCAAACAGCAGCGAGGCCAUCUGCUGGCCAUCCUCCUUCCCCUCCGCGUUUUUUUUGCUUCUUGCCGCAAGGCUGCAAGUUUGUCGACUCACUGCACCUUUCGGUUCUUAACAGGUGAAGGCUUCCCUGUAGGGGCCGGCCAAGGAGGCGGCCAGGGCCCGCCAGGGCUGGGGAGCCCCUCAUCGUUGCGCAAAAAAGUUCUGGCGCGCCGCCCGUGAUUCCAACGAGGGCUUGAGGAGGGUAAACAACGAGGCCGUGCAGCUAGCGUCAGACAUAAGCAGAUACAGAUUUCCAACACGAUAUUUCGUUCUGUUAGGUUCAGAGGAGCAAGUCAGCUAGCCAGGCGCCAACAGGGCGCGCUUUGUGGAUUCGCUUGGUCGGUUUUGUUUGAGCAGACCGCGCUUUUUACGUGACCCGCUUUGUGAGUCCUCUCCUCAGCCUUUUCGUUUCGCCAACGCUAACACACCGAGCUCAACCUCAAGAACAAGAACAAGGAAACAGCAACAACCGUAAGCAUCGAUUCAAGAGUUAAGAGCAUUUCGUUUCGCCAGCCAGCAUAGCGCCAGAGCGAGCCGCGGCAGCGCUGUUUUUUUCUUAUCAAGGCUCGCUCUGGCGCAGGACGGUCCUGCUCAUCAUCAUCUUAUCAUCGACAUCCAACAUCAACGCCUGUGAACGGCUGCUACUAUUGCGCGACCUUCCCCAGUAUCUGCAGUUACCAGAUAGCGUUUUUCCACUUCCCAAGUGGGUUCCUUCCCUUGCUUGCGAGUGUCGCCUCCCUCCGCAAUAAUCAUUUUGUUGGCUAAAUAAAGUGGGGACGACUUUCCUUCAGCGAGGAGACGACCCAACUCCCUCUUCGUCAUCAUCCUCCCUCCCUGUUUGAAAAAUACAUCAACGUCAGAUCGAGUGCAUUUUCGACAACACCAGCCCGCCCCGCUCAACGCCGCCAUGAUGAUGCGGCAGUCGGCGUUCAAAGCGGCGUCCGCGCUGCCGCCCUCCGGCGCCACCGACUUCGCCGUCGUUGGCGGGGGGCCCCCAGGCUCCUCCGGCGCUGGCGGCCCCGCAGUCUUCACAGCAGCCGACCUCCAGUCCGCGAUCGCGGCCCUGCAAAUCGCAGGCGGCCGCCGCGGCGCAAGGCGGCGACGAGAGCGGUUCCUUCUUGUCCCAGCUGCCCUCCCUGACAAGCCCGGCACCUGGCGGCGGGUUCGGCCACCCAGUUUCCGUACUGUACGGCACUCCGCCGUCGCACCACUCCGCUGCGUCGAUGCAUUCGGGUCAGUUCGCGGCUCGCGGGCCACCGCCGCCGCCGGGGAUGGGUGGGUUCGACGCCACCAGCGAGUCCGGCGGGGUCGCACGGCGGCUUCUUCACACCGCCUUCACGUGGUACGACAGCCCAACAGUUGUACACCGCGCCGCCGCGAGGUGGGUCGCGGUCUUGC